UUCAUGAAAGAGACAUUGUAAAUUGUUCGAAUCUACAAAACCAUUUCAAACAUGGCAUUCAAGUUUGUCUUAUUCGCUGCUCUCGUAGCUGUUGCACGAGCUGGACUUAUUCCAGCUGCUCCAUUAGCAUACGCAGCUGCACCAGCCGUAGCCGUUACCAAAACCGUUGUCGACAGUGAAUACGAUCCAAACCCACAAUACUCAUACUCAUAUGGUGUAACUGAUGCUUUAACCGGAGACAGCAAAAGCCAACACGAAAGCCGAAGUGGUGAUGUAGUUCAAGGACAAUACUCUUUAGUCGAACCAGACGGUUCCCAACGUACUGUUGACUACACAGCUGAUCCAGUCAACGGAUUCAACGCUGUUGUAAGCAAAACCGCUCCAGCUGUUGCCGUUAAAGCUGCCGUACCAGUAGCUGCUCCAGUAGCCACAUACGCCGCUGCCCCAGUUGCUACUUAUGCCGCUGCUCCAGCUAUCGCUAAAGUAGCUGCUCCAGCUCUUGCAUACAGUGCUGCUCCAGCUCUCCACUACGCCGCUGCUCCAGCUUACGCUUCAUACGCCGCUGCCCCAGCUCUCUCAUACGCUGCUCACCCAGGUCUUGCCUACGCCGCUGCUCCACAACUUGCCUACGCAGCUGCUCCAGCUUUAUACCACCACUAAAUCCGUUAUAGACUGUGUUAUUUAUUUUUGUACUUUGUAUAAAUGUGUUUUUUUUAGCAGAAAAU